AUGGCUUCCACACCACUGACAGUUUCUCUUUCACAUGAUGCUUCUCGUGUGGUAAUUAUCUCUUCAUCGGUGCUGGACCAGCAAUCACAACAACAACCCACACAGCCUUUGGUACAAGUCUCGUUAUUGGCAUUGUCUGAUUUCAUGUGGAGAUUGGAAGUGAACGAUCCCGAUGAAUCUCAUCUCACGUUAGAUUCGUUUGCGAUUGAGAAGGAACAAGAAUUAGUUUCAUCGGCUUUGACUCUGGAAUUAGUUCCAUCGAGUGCUUGUGUUCAGGGUGAUGAGGAGAAGGUGGAACAUUGUAAAUGGUAUUGGGAUGUGCGAGUCAAAGGAGGUCACGGAAAAACUUUUAUUCGAAUAAUUGAUCAUCAGGGUACCCAACCAUCAAGCCAGGAGAAUAGUAAUAGCUCUGUAUUUUCUCUAGAUUUGAUAGAAAAUAAGGAGGAUGAUGGCUCUGUUUUAGUGAAAUCUCUCACAUUUUCACACAAAUUUGUGACUCAUUCAAUUCCCAUUCAAAAUAAGGAUGCAAAUUCCAAGUAUUCGGGAGACUAUACCUUUGAAAAUCAGAGUUUGUAUGAAACAUUGAUGGCAUUCUCACCAUUGAACAAAGAAAAAGUUUAUGGAUUUGGAGAGAAGAGUGGCCACUUGUCAAAAGACGGCAGAAAAUGGUUAAUGUGGAAUUACGACCAUUUUGGAUAUUCAUUUAAUUCUGAUCCAUUGUAUCAAUCUACUCCAUUUCUCAUGUUCUGUGGACCAGCUACUAAUUCUAGCUCUUCAUUGAAUCCUGCUAUUUUUGUAGACACUGUUAGUAGACAAGAAUGGGAUUUGACUCUUUUCAAACCUGAGACUGAGGAGAAAAUUGUUAAAAAUUCUAUUGAGAGAUAUGGAACCAUGUCCAUGUAUUUGUUUGUUGGAGAAACACCCCUCUCACUUAUUCAACAAUUUUCACACAAAAAUUUUACAGGAAGAACUUGGCUUCCACCCAUGUACGCACUCGGUUUUCAACAAUGUCGUUGGAGUUACUAUCCAGAAGCGAAGGUGAGAGAGAUUUCAGAUGGAUUUAUUCAACAUGACAUUCCAUGUGACGUUUUCUAUUUGGAUAUUGACUAUAUGAAUCAAUUUGAAUGUUUCACAAUUUCAAAGCAACAUUUUCCAAAACCUGCUGCUCUUGCCAAUCAUUUAUUAUUGGACAAUAGACAACGAUUUGUGGCCAUUAUUGAUCCUGGAAUUUCAAAGAGCCAAACCGAGCCAGAACAGUACAAAGUCUAUGCUGAAGGAACUCAAGAGCAUGUAUGGUGUCAAUUGAAGGGAGAGACCUACGUGGAACAAGUAUGGCCAUUUAGAUGUUGUUUCCCAGAUUAUUUCAAUGAGAGAGUGAGAAAAUGGUGGGGAAAGUAUUAUCAAGAUUUGAUGGAUCGAGGCAUUCAUGCAUUUUGGAACGACAUGAAUGAGCCAGCUGUUUUCAAUGAUGGAACAUUUAAAACAUUCACACUGGCCGUGGAUCACAACGUUUCUCUUCGUAAUGGUACCACUCUCAACAUUUUACAUCGUUUCGUUCAUAACGCAUAUGGACAACUUAUGGCCCGUGCUUCACACGAAGGUCUCGUGCAAGUGAAACCCAAUGAAAGACCCUUCCUUCUCACACGUAGUGGCUACUCUGGUGUGCAGAAAUAUGCAUGGUCUUGGAGUGGUGAUAACAACUCUACGUUCGAUGAUAUGAAACUGAGUAUUGCCAUGUUGUUGAACAUGUCUUUGGUAGGUCAAGUGAUGGUUGGUGCUGAUGUGGGAGGAUUUGUUGGAGAUUGUAAUCCUGAACUCUAUGCUCGAUGGAUUGCAUUGGGAGCCCUGUGUUAUCCAUUCUUUAGAUCUCACUCCACCAAGGAUACUCUCGAACAAAAUGCUUGGGCAUUUGGUGAGGAAUGUGAAAAGGCAUGUCGAAUGUUUAUCAAAUUACGUUAUAGAUUGGCACCCUACUUGUAUACCUAUAUCCAGUAUGCAACGAAUUCCAAUAAGGAAUAUGUUCCUCUCAUUCGACCACUGUGGUUGGAAUUCCCACAUGACUCCGAUUGCUACAAUUCAGAAUUUGAGAAUACACAGCUCUUUGUUGGACCAUCCUUGUUGGUAGCUCCAAUUUUAGAAAAGGGAGCAACCUCAAGAAAAGUCUACUUACCACCGCAUCCUGGUGGAUUUUACGACUUUUUCAAUCCAUCUCGUCACUUUGAAGGAGGACAAGUAGUGGAAUUUACUGAAAUUACUUGGGAUAAGAGCAUUGUUCUUGUUAAGGCCGGAAGUAUAAUUCCAAUGAGAGCUGAAAGCAAGCAAAGCAUUUAUGAUACAUUGACAAGUCCAAUUCAAUAUCAUGUGUUUGGAAGUGAAAAUACGAACAGUGCUGUUAUCAGUGAUUCCAGUCAAAAUUUAUUGUAUCUGGACGAUGGAUUUUCAAAUGAAUAUCGAAAUGGAAAAUUUGGUUUAUACAAGUUGGUUUUACGCAACAACGAGAAGAGUGAGACCAAUAAUGGUACAGAGCAACAUGUUACGGCUGAAUUGAUUGAGGGUGAGGGCUAUCCAUUCGUAUUGACACAGGAACAAGUGAAUGCACAAUAUUUCAAACCAUUUCCAGAAGUUCAUGAUUUGAAGGAGGAGAACUCUACAAACUGUGAUUGUUUGUAG